GGCUAAUAAUGAUAGUGUGAGAGUGAAUACGACAGCACAGGAAAAUCUCAUUGCAUCGCAUGCUCGUGCCUGUUGGAUUGCUGAUAUAAAGGAAGCUCGCCGCGUCUCGUAAAUACUUCGCCUGUGGCGUCAAGGUAAGACUGUCCUUUAGCUUCAGCAACAUAUCUGCCCACCACCAUGUUCGGCCCUCUCGCCCAGGUUUCUUUCGUUUUACCUCUUCUUUUCUCCGAUGUGUUCGCUUGUUCCAGGGUCACCUACAAUAGCGGUUCUUCGGAUGGCAACCGCAUCGUCAUUGGCCGAUCAAUGGAUUGGCUGACACCGACGAACUCGAGCAUUUUCGCUUUCCCUGCUGGUCUUCAGCGCAACGGUUCGGCUGGCAACAAUUCCGCGUCAUGGACAAGCAAGUAUGGAUCAGUCAUCACCACGGCGUACAAUAUUUCAACCUGCGACGGAAUGAAUACCCAAGGAUUGGUCGCAAACCUUCUUUACCUUGCUGAUGGAGACUAUGGUCCACGGAAUACAUCACAACAAGCCAUGUCCCUUGCUAUCUGGCCUCAGUAUUUCCUGGAUCAGUAUGCCACGGUUGCGGAAGCGGCCAACGAUCUCUUCGACGCAAGCGGCGAGCCAAAAUUCCAAGUCCGCACCAUGGCUCUGAUCCCGGGUGUACCAACUCUGAUGCACUUAUCUUUGAGCGACGCCACUGGUGACAACCUCAUCCUUGAGUGGCUGAAUGGAUCAUUAGUCACUCACCACGGAACACAGUACAAGGUGAUGACGAAUGAGCCCGAUUAUGACCAGCAGUUGGCAAUCAACGAGUACUGGUCAACCAUCGCCAACUUUUCUCUCCCGGGUACGGACCGACCGGCAGAUCGUUUUGCACGUCUUGCGCAUUAUGUGGAUGUUGCACCGGGUGCUACAGAGGAGGUGACUGCUUUGGCGACCACAGCUGGAAUGAUUCGCGCUGUGAGCGUACCAAUGGAGCCAAUCAAUAUCGACACCCCAAAUAUUACUCCCACACUUUGGCGAACAUAUGCCGACACAAAGGAGCUCGUAUAUUAUUAUGAGAGUGCAACAGAUGGUAAGAUGUUUUGGGUGGAACUCUCAAAACUGAACUUGACCACGGGCGGCCAGACGAGGGACUUGCCUUUGCUGGGCAUCAACUGGACUGAUAGAGUGGGCGACAUGACCGGUCAAUUUCAGAAGGCCACACCAUUCACGUAUCUGGAGGCCAAUUCAUAGACAUAUUCACUUCUUUAUGUCGGAUAGAUUGAAUGAUAAAGUUUUGGUCCAUAACAUUCCUGGUGAUGCAGGUCCCCUUAGUCCUUCUCUUUGCGCUGUCGGAUAAUCAGAGUGUGGUGACGACCUGGGUGAACCUCUGACGUGAGAAAGUUGAGGUGGC